CACUACCGACCAUGAAACCCAACUAUGUUUUCAUUCUCGUCUGUUGCAUACUCUCAAUUUCUCAGGCGACGGUCGCCACUCCGGCGGCUUCCAACGGCUUCCGGGUUCGCGCUGUUAAUCUCGGCGGCUGGCUAGUCACUGAAGGGUGGAUGAAGCCUUCUCUCUUUGACGCCAUUCCCAACAGAGAUCUCCUGGAUGGAAGUACAGUCCAAUUUAAAUCUGUUACGCUCGGAAAGUAUCUCUCUGCAGAGCACGGCGGCGGGACGAUCUUAGUUGCUAAUAAAAUUUUUGCUAUGUCAUCGGAAACUUUCAGAUUGUGGAGAAUCAAUGAGACCACCUUUAACUUCAGGGUGCACAACAAUCAAUUCGUCGGAUUAGACACGACCGACGGAGUCAACCUCGUGGCUGUCGAAAACACACCGUGUAUAUCGGAAACAUUUAUGAUUCUUAGAAACUCCGAUGACCCAAACCGUGUUCGGAUUAAGGCCUCCAAUGGGUUUUUCUUACAGGUAAAGACAGAGGAGCUCGUCACUGCAGAUUGUAAUGGGAAUGAGCGAUGGGAUGACGAUGAUCCCUCAAUUUUCAUCAUGACAACCUUUAGUGCAUUCGAUGGAGAAUAUCAAAUUACAAAUGGCUAUGGUCCAGUGAUGGCACCAAAAGUUAUGAGGGAACACUGGGACACAUUCAUAGUGGAAGAGGACUUCAAAUGGAUCUCCAACAAUGGACUAAAUGCAGUGAGAAUACCACUUGGGUGGUGGAUUGCUUACGAUCCGAACCCUCCAAAGCCCUUCGUGGGGGGAUCCUUGAAGACUUUAGACAAUGCUUUUUUAUGGGCUACGAAAUAUGGACUGAAGGUUUUAUUAGAACUGCACGCUGCACCAGGAUCUCAAACUGGUUUUGCGCUCAGCGCCUCCCGAGAUGGGACUACGGGAUGGGGCAUAGACAGCAUAUCGCCAACAGUUGCAGUCAUAGAGUUUCUGGCUGCUAGGUACGCGAAGAACCCUAGUCUAUACUCGAUAGGGCUGAUGAACGAGCCUUCGCUGUGGAUUUCACCAGAGACAGUGAUGUCGUACUACAAAGCCGGUUACGAUGCGGUUCGGCGGCACUCAUCCACGGCGUACGUGGUGAUGGCCACUCGGAUGGGGGCUCUAAACGUGACGGAGUUUCUCCCCUUCGCCGCCCAGCUCGAGCGGGCCGUCCUCGACGUCCAUCUCUACAACUUCGAUCACUGGACGGUGCACGACACCAUCAACGACGUUUACACCCACUGCCAAGAGGUGGUGAGUGCCGUGACAACCUCAAACGGGCCUCUUAGUUUCGUGGCAGAAUGGACGGGCGAGUGGAUGGUUCCGAACGCCACAAAGGAAGAGUAUCAGCGAUUUGUUAAGGCCCAGCUGGAAGUUUUUGAUCGGGCCACGUUUGGUUGGGCGUAUUGGACGCUCAAGCAUGUCGGGAAUCACUGGAGUUUGGAGUGGAUGAUCAACAAUGGUUAUAUCAAUUUCACAGCCUCUAAUCCCAUCUCCGAUCAUCUCCGCGUCUCCUCCAUCUAAUUAAUGUUAUUUGGCACUAAUAAUAUAUAAUAUCUACAAAUCUAAUAAAAGUUAUAUCAUAACCGCAACUAAAAAAAAUGUUGUUGUAAAUGAAUAUCUACAUCUACAAUUCUACAAAUCAAAUAAGAACCAAUAAAGUUUGGUUUUAACAGCAACUAAAAAAAAUGUUGUUGGUGUAAUUGUUUGUUGAAAUGAAUGGUUCAUAUUAUUUUGA